UAAAAGACUUAACGUCAUAAUUGAUCUUUUUCCUCUUAUCACCAACCAAACAAUUCUCUGGAAACAGAAAUCCCUAAAAUUCACUUCAAACAAAAAUGGCAGAAACCGCCGAAACAAUCAACACCACCGUCUCACCGCCGCCGGAAUCCGAGGGCUCCACCACCACAUUGCCUUCCGCGACGGCAGACCACACAUCUGAGGAAACCUCAAAAUCCGUAGAUCUGAAGAAAGAAGAACCCGUCGCUACAGAAACUAAAUCAUCAGGAGGAGGAGGAGGCUUCUCGCUUCGCAUUUGGCCGCCGACUCAGAAAACUCGCGACGCCGUCUUGAACCGCCUGAUCGAGACGUUAUCCACCGAAUCAAUCCUCUCCAAGAGAUACGGAACGCUCACCGCCGACGAGGCGUCCUCCGUCGCGAGAUCCAUCGAGGAGGAAGCAUACGGCGUCGCAUCGAACGCCGUGUCGAGCGACGACGAUGGGAUCAAGAUCCUUGAGGUUUACUCCAAGGAGAUUAGCAAGCGGAUGCUUGAUUCCGUGAAGGAUCGAUCUGCUGCGUCCAACGCCGGAAAUGUAACGGAUUCGACGGAGGAUGCGAAGACCGAGGUUUCGAAAGACGAUGAUGCUCCUGAAUCAGUGAAGAGUGAGGCUUAAAAAGAUUUGGUGUUGUUACUCUCUCUUCUUCGUUUUAUCCUCAUCUUCUAUUAAUCUACUACCUUUUAGGGUUUGCUUUUUUCGCUAGAUUCAUAUGUGAUUCUCAGAAAUUUAUGAUGAACGAGAUCUGUUUAUUGUAAUGACUUGUGUGGAUUUGGUAUUACCUAUUUGAAGAUGUUUCUUCUUCUUCUUCUUCCUAA